AUGAAGAAAAUUUCAAAUUAUAUUGGUGCCUUGAUAGGAAAAGGGAACACUCCAUUUUUACAGAAGAUUAAUUAAAGUUCAUUGAUGACUAAUAGUCCAACUAUAUUAAUGACUGAUAUAUUAUACUUAAUUGAAUGUUUUGAAGGAUAUGGUUCAGAAUGUUAAGGAAUUUACUUAACAGGACAAGAAUAUUUAUAAUAAUUUUUUGGGGAACUAUCUAAGAAACCAUUGAGUGGGUUGAUGGCAGUAAAGAUUGCAUUAACAAUACAUUUAGUUUUAUAUGAAUUUUAGAUAGGAGAAAUAGUAGCAGAUGAAAUGAUCUCAAGUAAUAAUAAACUAUAAGUAAUUGAGACUUAAAGUCAUGGGUAAUUUGUUUAGAAUUAUUUAAUGUACUUAUUCAAGUUAGCUUAAAAUUUAAAAUUGUUUUACUCUUGUAAAAUAGGGCAAUAUCCACUCUUUGAUUAGGAAAUUACUUAUAUAAAUUAUACUGAGUCAACUCGAGAGAAUUAAAUAAAUUAAUUUAAAAUCUUUAAAAAGUAAUAAAACUUUAAAGAUACUAAUCUUUAAUAUAGAGAGUAUUAAUAAAAAAAGCUUGAAGAUCAUUUAUAAAAUACAACAGGCUACAUAACUAUAGAUUAAAAAAUUCUUUAUUUAUUUAAAUUAUAAAAUUUGUUGAAUCAAUGUUUACAAAUACUAAAUCUUUGUAUAGGAGUGUGUUAAAUUGAAAAAUAAGACAUCAAAAAUAUAUAUGUAGAAAUAAGUUGUGUACUUUGGAAUGAUGCUAUGGUUAUGUACAAAUUUGCAACUUUAGAGGUAUGUAUAUUUAUAGAAACAAUGGUAGAUAAAUAAACUACUAGAUUCAUUUAGAUUCUUGCCACUUUAAUAACUAUAAUCUUUAUAAUAGGUAUAUUGGGCUACAACUAAUUCUACAAAGAGUAUUAAGUGGAUAUUUAAUAAUAGAAAAUAUUUCGAUAAUUAAAAUAUUGUUAAAUAACCAUUUUGGUUAGAAGAGAAUAAUCAAAUAACUAGAGAAAUACAAAAUAGUAUCAUCGAUAGUAAAAUUAACUCAAUUCCAGAGUAAAAUUACUUAUAAAUGCAGGUCAUGUCGUUAACUGAAGUUAUAGACUCCAAAAAGUUCCAAUAUAAAAACUCCUUAACAAAUUCAACAACCAUAUUCAGGAAGAAUUCAAAAUUAAAAGAAUUUACCUUUUUUUAUAGCUCAUAAAAAAUUAUAAGAAUCAAUAUCUUAAUAUACUGAAAUAAAAGAUCAAAGUUAAUAACAGAAUAAUUAAAAGAACAAUAAUAUCAAACAUGCAAUAUAUCCAAUAUUUUCAGAUGAAGAAAUGUAAUUAUCUCCAAAAGUGCAAUAAUAACAAUUAAUAAAAUGA